CGCGAUCGAUCGCAGUAGUCGCACAAUCUCAGCCUGCUGUGAAACGUCGGCAUGUUUAUUGUGUUUGAUAUAUGUACAUACAUAUAGCGACGUAGAGUAGGAGGCCACGGAAAGGUUGCUACAAACAGUGUGAAAAUCGUCAUAGAACAUAGUACACAUUCGUGUGUGUGCUUAUUACUUUGCAUUUAUCGUUAUGAUUCGUAAAAUUCUGUAAGUGUCCACAGGAACGGUAAGAACACGAAACAUAGUCGCUAACUUUACUCUCGGUCCUGAUCGAUCGAAUCGUUACUCCCGCUGUUCGAAAUUCUACGAAACUACGCAGAACUACGUCAUUGAUCGAGAGCGUCGGUCAGGAGAGCCUUAAAAUACAUAUACGCUCGAAGUUCUGUUCGUAAACUUUUCGAGCUCUUCUCACAACAAUCGACAUAAACCAAGUUGAAUGAAUAUAGGAUUUGCUAAUUCGCACUUAAGAGAAAGGUGAUUCAGUGAAAUUUUCACGCAAACACGUAAAGUCUACAAACAGAACAAGUUUGAUAUAAAGUUUGAUGAAAGAAUAGCCUCAUAAAUGCGGCUUAACGCCUGUAGAUACACUUAUAGGUGACCACGGUACGACAAGUUGAGAACCCUCGAAAUGUUUCAUAGCCCGAACCCGAAGGCGAUGUCCAGUGCGCUGCGCUAUAAAGAAGGGGGCUGUUUUCAUUGUUGUUGCGGUGGUGCUUAUUAUUUCUAUCCUACUAAUAUAUAUAGUGAAUCAAUAAUAACGAUUCGCGCCGAUAAAUCAGCAAGAUACAAGUAACGUGUCUGUUGAAAAAGGCAAGAUACCUUACGAUUACGUGCAUCGUUAUUAUUGCGCCCAAAGGUGCGCGCGCGCGCGCGCGCGUGCACAACUACGUCUUGUAUAUAUAGUCGAGAGGCGCAACGAUCUUCGCCUAUGUACAUACAUAUAUCUCUGUGUUAGUGGUAAGCACGGUGAUACGUGAAAAAGUGCAAAGUGAAUGAAGGAAAGAAAAGUCGUAGAUUAAAAUAAUAUUCGUUUACUUGAAUGUUUAUACGAAACUGAAACAGUGUGGAAGUUUAUAUAAGUAACAACAGUGUCUUGUGUUUUCCUUAUUCUACUUUUCUCUGUCUUUAGUUUUCUGCUCUGUCCCUCGGACGCGUGUGUUCAUUCGUGGUUUUGUGACGCGGGUGUGGGUAGCAUAGCAGGUAGAAUAUCAAGGUAACAAAAAACAACGAAGCGGGAAGCGGGGUCGAACUUUUUAAAGCUCGACUAUCUAUCACUUCCCGAUUGCAUUAACGUUUCCACGUCGAGGCUAUAACCGAGCAGUGACAAUUAAAAACAGUUUUACGAAAAUGCGAUACGAGUUGUUAGGUCGCCUAGCGUAGUAUAUCGCCUAGCGGCGACGGGCCCAGAGAGAAGCGGCGGAAAAAUGGCGUCCGAUAACGAAGCCUCUUGUGCGAGUGACCCAAAUUUCGCGGUAAUUUGCUCGUUCCUUGAGUGCUUCGGCAAGUCCUGUGGUAUCAUUUAUCCUGAUAUCGCACGCCUUCAAGAGAUGCUUGAAAACACACAGGAGGUACCACAAGAAUUAAUAGAUCUACACAUCAAAUUAUUGCGUAAGACCCGCAAAACGGUCUCACCAGAAAAGUGGGAACGAGCAUUGGUUAAAUUCUGCCACACGUACUCUAAUCAAGAUGGAUGGGAACUUGAACGUUUUGGUUAUAAGAAAGCUCGUAUCGCUGUCAAGCUACGACUACUCAAAGUUCUUUUAGAAACACAAUUUGACUUAACAAAAUUUAAAAAUGAGGUGAAUAAAUUAGCAGCUAAUGAAUUACGCGUGGAACCUUUAGGAAGAGAUAAAUCUGGUUUAGCAUAUUGGUGUCAACUUGACGAAGAGUGCAAUAUAAGGGUUUAUAGAGAAGAUUUAGACGAAGAAAACUGGGAACUUGUAGCUAAAGAUCGGGAUGGUGUUGUUAAUCUAAUAAACACUUUAUCAAAUGGAGAAAUUGGUGAUAUUCCGAUCAAUGAAGACAGUAAUAGUUUAGAAAUCUCUGAGAAACCUAUUAUUGAUACAGGACAAAUAACAACGUCGCCAAGUUUGGAAGAUGAAAGUUUACAAGAAAAUGGUAUUCAUGCUGAAGAUUUAUGCGACAAACAAUCAGACAAGCAUGAAGGUGAAGAUUCUGAGGAUGAACAAGAGCAGGACGACUUUAACGAGGGUGAUAAUAUCGAAGAUGACAUAGAUGGUGAAGAUGAAAUAACAAACGAAGAUGAUAGUUCUAAACAAAAUACUGAAGAGGAUGAUUCUCAGGAGGAAACGGUGCAAAGUGAAAUAUUGGAGUCAAAUCUUAUAAAGGCAUUCCCUUUAAUGACAGCAUCUUCGAAACCUUUAAACGGGAAAAUCAAUGUUUUGUCAGAAAAUGAAACUGUUACAUCUCGUAAAAAGAAAAUAGAUACAGUUCCAGAAACUGCUGGUACUGUAUCCGAUUAUAAAUCCAUGGAUACGUGUAAGUCUAAAGAGCAUGUAGAGGUGAAUAAUGUAAAAGUUAAGUCUGGAGAAUCAGUGCCUCUUAAAUCGAUUGAAACAUCCGUUAUUACAUCUCCUCUUAAGUUAGUAAACGUUUCUGAAACGAAACAAGUACACGAAGAAAAGAUAGCAAGCGGAGUAACUGCAUUAAAUAUAACAAAGAGGCUUCAUAACGAAGAUUCAUCGGAUCAAAUUCUGAAACCGUUGGAUAAAUUAUCUAGCAAAAGUUUUUCUUUUUCAUCUACAGAGAUACAAACGGCUCAUAGUAAACUGUCCGUUAAGCCGAUAGAUCAGUUGGCUGCAAAUCUUGUGCGAAUGCAAUCGGAAAAGCUUGAAAAACCAAUUGGAGCAAAAUCAUUAGAGAAAAUAGCAGAAAAUCUUGCGAGAUCGGGUAGUAUUGUGGGGAAUGUAAUAAACGGUGAUGAUGAUCGAUUACCUCAAGACUUUUGUGCAAGAAGUCAAAUGGAAAAAGCUAAUGUACAUGCUAGAGAGAAUAGAGGUAUGGAUUUAUCUACAUCACCUAGAGGCUGGGAAAGUACUAGCGAACAAAAUAAGCCGAUGGAUUUCUCUGGAAUUGAUUUAUCUAGUCGAAAAUUUAACAAACCUAUGGACAUACUCUCUUCUGGCUACAGGACACAAGAUUUUCAGCAUAGAGAAAUGGAUCUUAGUACGAAAAAAUUAAAUAAACCAGAAGUUACAAGCUUACCGUAUGAUGCUCGGGCUGUGAUGAUGCGUAAUCAUGCGAUGGUAGCUGAUUUAAGUAAAAGACAAAUGUCGUUUCCUAGUUAUGAUAUGUCGUCUGUUCCGUAUCAUAAUGCUGGAAGAAUACCUAAUAAAGAUGAUCAUAGAUUACCAAAUUAUACAAUACUUCCUGACCCGAGUAAACUCGCAGCUUUAAGAAUGAAUACAACACCGGUAAAACGUUCGUUGGAAGCGGAUGAUCUUCAGCAAGACAUGUUAAAAAGAAUACGAGCAGAUGUAAUACCAAUUCAAAGAUCAAUCGACAAAAGACCAAUGAUCGGUGCCACUUGGAGAGAUGAAAUCGGUGAAGCCGUCGAGGAACCGGUAAUGAUGAUUCAAGGCGAAGGAUCUGGUAGCGACUGUGAUGCGGUGAAUCCUGGUCUCGGAGAAGCUGUAGAAGAACCCAUAAUUUUUUUUUAUGGGGAAGGUUCUGGAGAAGAAUGCCAAACAGGAAAUCCUGGUGACAGUACGUCAGCUGACAAUAAAGAAAGCAACGAAUCAAAAAAUGAAGCUGAUUCUGCUACUUCCUCUUUAUCAACAAAUAAAAGCUUCAGUGAAGGUAGCCUUAUAAAUGAAGUAUCUGCUGAGUCAUUAGUAACGAAUAAAAGUGGUAUAAAAUUAAACAGGAAUUAUCCUCAGUCUAACAUUAAUGUAAAAAGUAAUUUUCAAAUUGUAGGUUCUACGCAAGAAAAACCAAAAUUUAAACCGACAUUGGGCAUUCAAAUAAUACCGAAAAAUACGAAUAGUUCUGUCAAAAGGUUAUCAAGAUGGGAUGUUGGAAAACCAGAAGAAAAACCGGAAUGCGACAGUAGCAUCAUAUCAAAUGAAGAAAACAUAUCGCAAAGAAGAAAUAAAAUUGAAUGUGAAGAUUCUUCUAGUGAAAAUCAAGAUGUUAAAAUAGAUGGAAAUUCUAUAAGUACCGAAGACGUAACAUCCCAACAGAGUAAUGUGAAAUUAGAAAAUUUACAAGAAAAUAUAGGAGAAAGUUCGUCAGCUAUAGAAGAAAAAAAACAAAUCGAUCCUAUCGAUCAAGAUUCUAUACAAUGUUGUGAUUCAUCUAUAUCAUUAUGUCAGGCAGAUACUUCAGAAACGUUUAAAUCCUGUACAAAGACUACAUCUGUAACUGAAAACGAUAAAACAAAUAUAAGAAAUGUUUGCGACAUAGAAAGUACAAGUUUACACGAAACAAGCAAUUCAGAAAAAAUUGACAAUGAAUGUAAACCAUCAGCCGUAUCGCCGCCAAUUUUUUUUGGACCUAAUUGUAUUUCAUACACUUCAAAGACAGAAAUGUUUGAGUCGCAACCUGAUGAUACAGUUACGACGAGUAUAAUAGAAUCUAAAUCAGAUACAUUACAAUAUGAAUGCGUAUCUUCUUCCAGACCUGCAGAAGACACGAUUAAUUCCUAUAAAUCGGACGAUUUUGAUGUGACUCAAACAAAUAACAACUCGUUAAAGGUCAACCUAUACCCGCGUAAGACUGCUAAUCCGCUUUGCGAAGAUGAUAAUAAAAAUAAAAUAGAGAAAAUUGAAGGAGCAGAUAAUUCGUGGGAACCAAGUGCUUCUUCCAAAUAUUCUUUAGAACAGCCUUCUAAAAUUUCAGAAACAGAAAUAAGUUUACUUGAUCUAGAAUCCGUAGUAGAAAUUGAAGAAGACUCAACAUCUUGUACUAUUGAUACUGUACAAGAUUCUAUUUCUAGUACUGAAGCUGCAGCAAAGGAAUGUAUAAAAUUUAAAGAAACAGAAAUAUUAAAUAGAAUUUCACAACCUCACAGUACCAACGAUUUAAUUAAUAAAAAUAACGAUGUGGAUAUGAAAAUGGAAAAUGCAGUUGUUGUAACACCAUCAGAACUUCAGCUGAAACAAGAAUGCAAUAUAUUUGAAGAGCAAAAUAAGGAAUCUGAUUCAGCAGACGAUAUCGUAAAAUCUUUAAACACAUCGAUUCCUUGUUCCGAAGCUGAAGGUUAUUGUAAAUCAUCUGAAUUUAAGGAAAAUAAAUUAGAAGCUGAUUCAGUAUCCUCUAAAAGUUCAUGCUCAUCAUCCGAUGGUGUACAGAUUUUCCAGAAAAAUAAUUUCACUGAAUCGGCGGAAUACCAUACCAGCGAGACAGAAUGUUUUGUUUAUCAAGAAACGAAUAAUUUAGCAGAUAAAGAAAUGGAUUAUAUUUCUCAGAAAACGUUUGACUCUUCUGUUACAACCUGUGAAGAAAAUAAUGAAAAUCGUGAUGAUCGAAAAUAUGAAAAUCAAAAGGAAGAAUUAAUAGAGUUCGAUAAUAAAAUUACAAGGGAUCUGAUAGGGUCUGAUGCUGAAUCUGUGCUUGUUAAUUGUAAUGAAAGCAAUGAAGAAACCAAUCGACAAAAUGAAGUUUUAAAAGAUUCUGAAAAUGAAGAAAAUAAAAGGGUAUUCAUCGAUCCAUUUAUCAAAAACUUUGUGCCUGAUGUUAACAGAAAAUUAGAUUCCAUUGAUAAUUCUACUGUUACUAGUUCUGAAUUUACUGAAAAAUGUAACAAAGAUACAUUAGUUCCUACAAUAAGUAGUUCAGACGAUUCCUGCAUUCACCAAGACACUUCAUUUCAUGAAAGUGUUAGAUUAAAUUCUGAGAAAUCGUCCUUUAUUAAAGAUGAAUGUCCUUGUCCUACUUAUGAUACAUUACCAGAAACAGUACCUGACACGAAUAUUUCUAAUUCAUCCAGAUCUAAUAUAGUUGACUCUACAAAAGAAUCUAACGUAGUUCAAGCUGCAAUAUCGGAGGGGCAAAGUUCCUGUAUUGAUCAAGAUUUGAAUAAGGAUGUAAUUAGAGAUUAUAACUUAUCGAAAGAUGAGGAAGGGUGGUCUACUAAAUUAUACGAAGGACAAGCAUGUUCGAACGAAAAUUUAUCUUCUAACGAGAAUGCAUAUAAUGAUUCCCUGAAAUUACAAUCACCAUCUUUAGAAACAAAUGAUUCCGGUAUUAUUUCUGAAAAAGAAAAAACAGAGAACGUUAAUUUUGUAGAGAUUGAAGAAAAAUUUGAUACCGUCAUUGAGCGAAAUAAAACUGACGAUAGAACUGAAUUCUGUAAAGAUGUUACAGAAUAUGUCCAAGAUAGCUACCAAGAAGAUCAGAAACAAGCAAUAGUAAGCAAUAUUUUAGAGACUAAUUCAAAGACAGCAGAAAAGUCGGAAACUGAACAGGAAGAAUUAAAGCAUACAAAGAUAAACCCACAAGAACUUAUUAACAGUGAAAUUAAACAAUCGUUAGUUGCAAAUUAUGAAAGCAGUGAUUUUGACGAUAGUAAUGACGAUGUUUUUGAAGCUUUUCAGACAGAACCAACUGAAAAGAAAAGUAACUUUUCUUCUGAUCUAGAAGAAAUAGUGUCUGAUGUAGAGGAAAAUGAAGAGAAGAAUAUAGAAAAACCAAGUAAAAAAAAUGAAAUAUUAUCUAACGAAGUGCAAGCUAUACCUGUUGAUAAAGAAACAGAAGAAUCAUCAAUAAUAGAUAGUAGUGUUAUUGAAAAAAUAACAGUGGAGAAAAGUGAAGAAAAACAAAAAGGGAUAAAUGAAGAAACAGCGAUUAAAGGAACUGAUUUUAAUGUUGUUCAACAUGAUUUGAAUCUGGAAAUAGCUCUAGAUGAAAAGAUUCGUGUUAAUUCUGAGAAAAGUAAUACCGUAGAAUUGGCAGAAACGGAGACGUCAACAAUUUCUUCUGAAAUUAAUCCAGUAAAGAAAGAAUGUAUAAGCCUGGAAUUAAAUAAAGCAAACAAUUUAAUAAACAUAAUAAAAGAGGGGAAAAAUGAAAGUUCAGAUGAAAUUAGAAAAAAUGUGGUAGAUUUUAAAAUAGAUUCAACAAAUGAAAUUGAAACUGUUGAAGUUAAUAGCAGCAAUAACGAAAUAACUCCGGAAGAUUUAAGGACAGAACUAUCGUUAAAAUCUACAGAAGAAAAUCUGGUAACAAGCUUAGAUAAUGAUGUUAAAUUUAUGAAAAAUGAAGAAGUAAAACAUGUUACAGAAGAACUUUCAAUUAUAGAAACAUGCAACAAAGUAAGAAAAUCCUCGGUACAUGGCGAUAAAGAAAAUAAAUUUGAUAUAAAUUCACAAGAGGAGUGUAACGUAUCCAUUCACUCGGUAUCAAACAUUUUACCGUUAAAAUUUGACAACAUAGAAAAGUCAGAAAUACAUAAAAAUAAUAUUUCAGUUAUGUCAGAAAAUUUCAAACCUAUGGAUAAUUUACAUUUUGUAAGUUUUUUGUCUGAAAAGUCAGAAAAUCAGGAUAUAAUAGAUAAUCAUGAGAAUCAUAACAAGUCGCUUCGCGUUACAAACGAAACGAUUGAAUCCAUUUCUGAAAGUACUGUAACAAGUGUGAAAGAUAGUUCAACGAGCUUUAGUACGCAACAAUCGGAAUCAAUAAUUCCAAUAAAUGAUUAUAAAAAAGAAGCCAGUAAAAGAUUCAGCGAUGUCUCCGACCUAAUUCAAGAUGUUCCUCCAUUAAAAUCUAAACCUCUGUGUAUAGAGGAGCCGGCCAAUGAACAAAUAUUAGAAGAUUUAUCAAAUUCGAAAGCGCAAUUGGAUAGAAAUUCGGAUAAUUUCAAAGAAAUGGAAAUUCCGAUAAACGAAACUAAAGCGAGGGACGAUAUGAUAACAGUGUCUGAUAACAUUGUGGUACAGUCGACGAAAGACGAAUGUCAUCGUACAGUUGCUAACGUAUUAAAUAAUAUAUUAAAUCAAGUUGAACGAAAGAACAAUAAAACGAAUGAAACGAAUGAAACGAAUGAAACGAGUGAAGAGAAAGAAAGUACAGAUAUUCAGAGUGUCGAGAUAAAAACAGUUUCUUUAAUAUCCGAUGAUUCCAUGGGGGCGGAUAAUGAAAAUUUAUUUGGCAUAGCUUCCGAAGAGAUGGACCCUUUAGCGUGCACCGAUGAUGAAACUAUUAAGAAAUUAGAUGAUACGCCUAAGAUAGCGUUACGCGUUAAACCUGUCUCCGAACUCGUUUACGAUGGAUGGAAAUUAGAUUCUACCGAACCUCCGAAAUUGUCAUCCCGUAAGCGACGCAAUAGUUCUCACGAAUCAAAUUCCGAAGAUGGAGGUAUGAAAGAAGACGAAGUAAUAAUGAUGGGAGGGAAGAGAAUGAAAUUACGUGGGAAACGUAUGGCUGAUAAACAAUUGCGGAAAUCCGUAGAGGAAAGUCGUGUUGUAACGAUCAGUUCAGAAGAUGAAGCUGUGAAGUGUGAUGAUUCUCAAGAAUUGAAAGAGCAAGAAAGUAAGGAUGCCAGCGAUGAUCAAAGCGGUGCUCAUCUUUCUGCAAUUGAUAGAAAAUCAAGAGGACGUCCUAGGGGAAGACGAAGACGUGGUUACAAAGGAGGAAGCGGCCGUUCAAAUCGAUCCAAACAUUCUGAAUUUCAGAGUAGUCAAGUCUCCGAAACAUCGCCUGAAGUUAUUUUUGAGGGAACGCCACCGAGUAACAACGAUUCUUUGAACAUGACACCAGUUUCGCAAAAGAAACGGAAGAAAAGGAAAAUGGUUUUGGGCCUUGAAGUGGGAAGAGACAUCGUACCUGAACCAGAAGCAGGAUUAACACAAGAUGAAACACCCGUAAGACAAUCCAGAAGAAUAGCACAAUUGAAAAUUAAAGAGGCACAACUGAAAAUCGAAGAAGAAUCUUUAACUGAGAAAAAAGAGAGAAAAGAUAAGAAGGAAAAGAAAGAUUCUACCGAAAAGAAAAAACGAAAGAAGCAAAAGCCUGAAAGCGAAGAAGAAAUUAUAAUAAAGGAUAUAGAGAAGGAAAAUAAAUCUAAAAAGAAACGUAGGAAAAGGAAAAAGAAAAAAAUGUUAUCUAAAUUUAAUGAAGCAAAUCCAUGGCAGAGUUCCUCGGGUUCCAGUAGCGACGAAGAAAAUGAAAAUGACGAAGAGGAAGAGGAGGAGGAAGAUAUAGAGAGCGAAGGAUCUUUACUUUUUAAAAGUGAUCACGAAUUUUCACCGGAAAGUGAUCUUGAGAAAGAUCAAGAAUCUGAACCGUUAAGAAGAGCUAGAACAGCACAAAAAGCUCAAAGUGACGUGGAGGAAGCAGACGACGAGUAUGCUUGUCAGAAAUGUGGCAAAGCAGAUCAUCCAGAAUGGAUACUUUUAUGUGAUUCGUGUGAUAAAGGCUGGCAUUGUUCUUGUCUUAGACCAGCGCUUAUGUUGAUACCUGAAGGUGAUUGGUUCUGUCCUCCGUGUCAACAUAAUUUACUAGUUGUUAAAUUACGAGAAAACUUGAAAACAUACGAUCAAUUAACGAAAAGACACGAAAACGAAGUGUUAAGAAAGAAGAGAUUGGCGUUUGUUGGUAUAAGCUUGGAUAAUGUUCUUCAUAAAAACGAAGCGCAACGUCACCAAAAGGAAUCAAACGCGUCUAGCCAAGAAUCGGAUAAUGAAUCUACAACUACCACGUCUACUUCAAGUACAGAAACAUCUAGUAGCGAAGAAAGUGAACCGGUCUAUCAAUUACGUGAAAGACGAUGUGCUAAUAGAUAUAAAUUCAAUGAGUAUGAUGCCAUAAUCAAUGCCGCGAUUCAAGACGAGGUAGAAGCCGUUCAAGGAGCCGGAAAUCAGGGUAGAGGAAAAGACAUCGCAACUAUAGUGAAUGCAAAGAAGGAAGAAGCAGAGCUUGAGUUUAAAAAUGAAAUAUUAAACAUGGACGAAAUACCUGCAAACAAAGAUGAUAUUGAAAGAAAAUCAGAAAAAGAUAGCGACGAAGAAUAUAAAAUCGACGCAGAGGAUGGUGUCGAUGAAGAGGAAGAAGAACAACAUAAUAAAGGAACAGUAAAGAAAUUCUUGUCGCGUAAAAAACAUCGUAAAUUAAAUAGUCUGGAUAUAAGUAGCGAAGAUGAUCCAGAAAGUGAUGAAGAUUUUAAAGGCACGAGUUCCGAGGAGGAAGAAGAUUUUGAUGAUCAUAUAACAUCUUCCGAUGAUAGCUCUUUCGCUGACAUGAAACGACGUGGUAGAAAAGAUUCACGAUCGGUACGAAGAAGCACCAGGGUCAGAACUAUGCGUUACGAGGAAGAUUUUAUAAACGAUGAUAGCGAAGAAAGCGAUAGACCGAAAAGAAAGAAAUCUCGAUCUACGUGGGAUUCGGAUAACGAGGAUAGCGAUAAUUCAUGGCGACAAAGAAAGAAAAAAAGUAAAACCAUACCGACGUCUAAAUAUAAAACGUUACCGAAAACGAAAAGUAGAAAGAAAAAAAAGAGAAAACGUAUAAUUGAGUCUGACAAUCAAAGCGAUAACGAUGAUUCAACUGAAGAACAAAAAAUUGAAACUUCAUGCGAAAUACAAGCACAGUUAGAAAACAAUGAAUCGGUAACGCUUGAUGCGCUAAAUAUGAAAGUUGAAAAUGUAAAUGAGAAAAAUGAGAAUAAUGAGAAAAAAAAUAUUAACGAGAUGAAUGAUAUAAAAUUAGAAGAAAUGAAAACAGAAGUAGCUGACAUAUCUGUCACUCUACCGUUACAAGAUGCGCUUCUACAAAAGAAAAAGAAAGAGAACGCUACAAAGCCAAAAAAGACUCCGACAAUUCGAAGAAAGAUUAUAUACGGUGGCCUUCCAGAUGAAAACAAACCGGAAGAAGAAGAAACUUUAGGUAGAAGAACUCGAGGAAGAAAAAUGAACUAUCAAGAAGAAAUAGCGUCGGAUAGUGAGGAGGAAUUAAAAAAGGCGUUAAGAAGAACCGGAGAGAGCGAGGAUGAAUUUGUUGUAAACGAAGGCGAAGAUUUAAUCGAAGACGCUGAAAAAGAUUCAGAUUCAGGUGAUAUUUAUAAUCCAAAAAAAGAUGGUCACAAGGUGAAAAAUAAAUCACCAAAAAGUAGAAAAGCAAGGAAAAGCAAAAGUCCUGGAGGUAAAAGGAAAAUGUUAAAUGAUGGGCCACCGAAACCGAGAAAAAAGCCUGGUCCAAAACCCGGAAGUAAAAAUAAAUCGCGCAAACAAAAUUUUUUAAUGGGUUCCAUGAUCCAGAGAAGAGACGACCAAGAUGAGGAAAAGGAUAUCAUGGAAAAUGUUGGAUUAACUAGUACUGCUAUGUCGGUAGCAGGUUCCUUUACUGGAGAUGUUCCAGAAGGUUCCCUGACUGGGCUUGGACCAGGUGAAUUAGCAGACUUGGAUGACGAACAGUUAGAACAGAUGAUGAUGGAAGACGAAGAAUAUGGCAGACGACAAUUAGAACUUGCGGCUAUCGAGAUAGCAAAAAAGAAGAAGAAAGAAGAACGAGAAGCUAAAAAAUUAGAAAAAGCACGAUUGAAAGCGUUAGAAAUAUUGGCAGCUGAAAGACAACGAGAUCCUAAUGCACCGGAAGGAACUGACGGAGAGGUACCAAAGAAAAAGAAACGAGGUCGUCGCAGUAAAGCCGAAAUUCUUGCAGAACAAAUGCGCAGGGAUGGAGCUCCAGAUUUAAACGCUACUAGUUUAACUAGCAGCGUUGCGCAUACUGUAGCAAGCAAUAUAUCACCUACUGUUAAUCUUGCUCUUAAUCCCGCCGUACCAACAAUAAUGACGCCUGAUGCUGACAGACCGAGCGAGGGACCUAUCUCCAUGAUGACAGGACCGGAUGGGCAACUUUUUAAUCCUGACGGAUCACCGUUAAAACCUAAAAGAAGAGGACGCGGCAAAGGUAAAAAGACUUUGGCAUUAGAAGCAGCUAGAGCUGCUGAAGCAGCGGCGAAAGCCGCUGUUGAAGUUGGUCUACUUAGCAUGGGAACUGAUUCGAAUCCGGAAUUAAAACCUGGUGAAAUUCCGAAUAUACUUCCUACACCAGGUAGUAGCACCUCUGGUUCGGCUCCGUCCACACCACCUGCUGGCGUCGUAACAACACAAGGACCACCUGCCUCGCAAACCCCGACCACACAGCCUGUUUAUCCAUCAUUACCACCUAAUCAACAGUCUUCCGUUAUCACCAGAAUGCUUCAAUCUCAACCUGUAUCGAGUAGUCCACAGUCGUUUUCUGCUGCAGCUGCAGCGAUGGGGCACAAAUAUUUCGGAGGACCAAACACUGGAGGUCAAAUAAUGGGUGGACCUAGAACGGGCUACGAGAUGCAGCCACGUGGAAGAAUUCCCUCUCCGUAUAGACAGGCCGGCCAAUCGUCUAUACCACCUCACUUUGCGGCUGUGCGAUCAGGAACUCCUCCGAUGAGAAUGAGAGUACCUGGUCCGCAGAUAUAUCAUACACCGCAUCAUCCAAUGGAUCCUUCUCCAUCAGGUGGUGGACCGAUAUCGAUUAACAGUCGAGAUCGUAGUUCUCCACUUGGACCUGGGCCUGCAAUGAUCCCGCCAGCUGCUGGAAGUCCUCUAGCUAAAGGUGGUCCUACACCUCCUCCACCUCCACCUUACGUCAGGGGAGCUCCACCCUUACCUAGAUUUACGGACAAUCCGAUGGGUCCCAGGCAUCAAAUGCCACCUUUUACAAACGCUUCACCGGUUAACCAUAACAUGCAACAACCAUCGCCGCCACCUAAUCGACCUCCUGGUAAUUUUUCACCGUAUCAUCCUCCACCACCACCUAAUUAUCACUACGGUGCGUAUCCACCUCCUCCGCCAAUGUCCACAGCAGAUGAUGCAGCUGCCUACCAAGGUUCUCCAUAUCCUGCUGAUCAUUUCUCUUCUCCUGCGGAUAAUCAACCACCUAUUCAAGCGCCACCGCCUCCUCAGCCUCCUCCGCCACCGCCGCCGCAGCAGCAGCAGCAGCAGCAGCAAGCGCAUCCGAACGAUGCCGCUGGUGUUGGAAAUAAACAGUACGAUGAAGAAGGUUCCGGUGAAUUUGGUGGUUUAGUAUCUUACUUUAGUAGUCAGAGAGAAGAUGAUCUUGAUUCGUAGCAUGAGUGAGAUCUUGGCCAACCCUGAAUCAGUUAGAGGCAGAAUGCAUUCGAGAAAAAUGUAUUUUAUCGCCCAAAUAAAAUUACAACUUUUGCUCGAGAGGAAUCAGUACAAGAGAAACAUAAAAGUAACAUGUAACGUAACCGUAAAUAAAAAAAAAAAAAAACAAAAAACAAAGAACUAGAUAUAUCUGUCGGGGCAUUGGAAUGUGAAAUAAAUAAAGAAAGAGAGCAUUUGCAUAACAAUACAAUGAUACACAUUCUAACAUUAUUUUAUACUCGUACUGUAUCGUUUUAAAACGUAAGAACACAUAGAAUUAGAAUUGUCUUCCUCUUUGACCUCUUAAGCAAAUAGUUGUCUGAAAUCUUUAUACUUUCAGAAUAAAAGAAAAAGGAAAGCCGCCGAAAUCAAAUCCAAGGUUGGCCAAGUGAGUACAGGAGGAAAAAAGAAAUAUAUAAUAUUAAUCGCUAACAAUGGAGCCUAUUUCCCAAGAGUUAUAAGCUUUUUGUAAUUAGUUCCGAGUUUGUUUAAAUUUAUAUAAAACGAAACGACCACUGAUAAAAAACGUAAGGUGUUGCGUUACGCUAGAGGAAAGAUUACACAAAGAUCUGACCAGAAUUCUAACUAAUUAUUCGUUAGUAUUCCUAAAUGAAAAAAAAAAUUGGUGCACAGUUACUUCCAAAUCCGUCGUAGAUGUAUAGAUGUCCUUUUCCCGAAUAAACAUUUGCUGUUGACAAAGUCGGUCUUAGUAGUGAUCAGGAAACUUAUAUUAUAACGAAUUCGGACUAUGCGCCGUUGUUACAUGUAUAUAUGUAAAUAUAAUAAGUCUUUUAGAUUAUAUUAUAUGUAUUAUAUAUACACAGUCACACAGAAUACUAUAAAGUGAAUUAGUGCAAAGGGCACAAAUGUAAUAUUUAAAUGAAAAAGAAACAAAAGGAACGGCAUCCGAUUAUAAUAAAUUAACAAAUGGUGUGAAGAC